CUGCCGUGCGUCGCGCGCCGAGGUACAGCCCUUGCCACGCAACAAACCUGUGCGCCCCUGCUCCUAGACGGUGAGAGAUGGGCGGACCUGGCUGCUGGUGCUGCUGCUGCUGCUGCUGCGGUAGGGAGGAGCCGACCCCACCGCCACCCCCGCAGCCGGUGGUGGUCGCGAUGCACCACGGGCACCCCGUCGUUCUCAGACCCGCCUUCCAACCCAUCACCACGCAGCCACCUGGGACCAUCAGCACGACCACGACCACGACCGUGCUCACCAGCAGGCAGCUGCCUCCGACAGCCUACGCCGCAACCAGUCCACCGCUAAUCAUCAGAGAAAAUCAUCAACGAAUUCGAGAACCGCUUCCCAUUCCCAGACCUAGACCUCGACCUGCGUCAGACGUGGCCGCCUCUGCUCCAGCGCCGAGCGCACCACCUGCUCCAGAUGCAACAGAGUACUACUGGACGAAGACGAGGCUGGCCCACACGGAGCCUUCGGUGAUGGUCAGCGACGGCUUCUACGCCGGGCGCGUGGUCGCUGGCAGGGACACCCUGCCAGCCAUCUUGGAGACCAAGAAGCAGGUGGACCCUCGCUAUGGAGUCCUGCUGGAACACUUCGUAGCGGCCCACUUCUUCUACAAGAACCAGGCCGGCUCCAGCGAGGACUUCGAGGUGCUCUCGUGCCGCAAUACUUCCUGGCAACCAGCCAUGGGCGGCUACGUGGCACCAGAGAACGCCAUCGUCUGCGGAAGAACGGCCUCUGGAAGGCCGCUGUACUUCGGAAGGGCAUUCGACGAAGGGAAAUACCACUUCGGAACGGCUGACCCGGAAGACGGCCUGCUCUACAGCAUGGCGAACGGCGGCACGUGGUACGGCUGCGUCCGCACCUCCCAAAACUUCGACAUCCUCGUCGCUGCCUGAACCCUUUUGCAGUCUGCCCAUUUGGAGUGGUGUGUCCUAAAAAAGACAUGUGUAUUUAUACCGUUAUGUUACAUUCUAUAUAAAUUGCCAUAUAUCACACAGUAUUCACUUCAAAAAUAUGAAAAAAUUACCACUUAUUCAUAAAAGUAUUAUGGCUUACACAGAUUAUCAUAAUGUUUGAAAUGAA